AUGGUGCUGUUAUGGUGCGGAAAAAUCAAACUUUCGAAACCCUACCUAGCUUUGGCAACACAGACAGGAAGCUGCUGGUUCAUAAGUCAAAGUGCUUCCUACCAUCAUCAUCAUCAUAGCCUGAUAACCAAUGGCAUCACGAAGACCAUCACUCGGCCUAAACAACACUUAACGUGGCACACAUGGACACAAAAUCCAAUCCUAGGACAACACAGAAUUAUUAUUGGUCACGAUGUUUUUAUCGAGAAGUUCGAUGGGUUUUGCACUCAUGGUAAUUUGAGAGAAGCUAUAGGGGUUUUAGAUUUCUUACAAAAUAAUGGUUACACUAUUGAUUUGAUUACACUUUUAAGGUUAGCGAAACUAUGCGAUAGACCAGAAGCUUUGGAAAUAGCAAAGUGUGUUCAUGAGCGCAUUGUUUCUCUGUCUCCUCCCUCUGAUGUUAGCUCUUGUAACGCCAUAAUCGAGAUGUAUUCUCGUUGUUGCGGAUCUGUUGAUGCAGCCAAGAUGUUCCACGAGAUGUUUGAGAAGAACACGGAGACUUGGUGUGUUAUGAGGAGGUGUUUAGUCAGCAACGGUUAUGGUGACGAAGCCAUUAGUUUCUUUACUCGUUUUAAACGAGAAGGGAACAAACUAGAUGGAGAGAUAUUUAAAGAAAUCUUUUCUGCAUAUGCUUUGACCGGAGAUGUUAAGAAGGGAUUAAUACAAUUUGAAGCUAUGCAAAAAGAUUAUGGAAUCAAACCUUCCAUGGAACAUUAUAAUGAUGUUACCAAAAUGCUGGCAACUUCUGGUCACUUGGACGAGGCACUAAGCUUUAAUGAGAAAAUGCCAGUGGAGCCAAGUGUUGACGUGUGGGAAACGCUAAUGAAUUUUUCUAGGGUUCAUGGAGAUGUGGAGCUUGGAGAUAGAUGCGCUGAGUUGGUUGAGAAGUUGGAUGACACAAGGUUGGACAAAGUUUCAAGUGCAGGUCUUGUAGCAAAUGUGAACUAUAAAUAUAACAGAACAAAUGAUAUCGAUACUUCACGUCCAGAAACGGAUAUGAUCUACGAGAUGCUAGAGAGUCUGCAGUUACAAAUGCUAGAAAUGGGUUAUGUUCCUAGCACUAGAGAGUGGCGUAAUGAACGCGUGGAGAAGGAGAAUAAGCAAGAAUGGACUUUUGGCUACAAAGAAGAAGUCGCGGUUGUUAAGAAGCUUCUUGACUCGAGGCCUCGAUCUUCAGUGACCGUGAUAAGUACUUUUCGCAUUUGCCAAGAUUCCCACGAUGCAUUGAAGUUAAUGUCAGAGAUAACUGGCAGACAGCUGAUUGAGAGAGAUUCAAAGAAAUUUCACCAGUUCGGUAAAGGCAUCUGCUCGGGCAAGCUGGUGAGCUGA